GGAAAGCCUCGGUUGCUUCGACGACCGUACAACCAGACUCGCCGGCAUUCUGACCUGAUAAGUUGGCAGUGUCGGAUCGUGAGACAGUUGAGAGGGACCCUCGCGCUUCUCGCAGCUUGCUGGACAUUUAAAUCGACCGCAGGCAGACCGACGACUUGGAGCCCUGCUCUUCGAAAAAUAUAAGAAACUGUUUUUCCUCGUGCGUCGGUCUCACGAACAAUUACUAUUGUCUACCCCUGCGCCGAACGAACGCGUUCGCCUCCUCUCUCUCCCUCUCCUCUCACGACUCUCUCAAGAAACAGAACGGACUAGUUCGCGGAUUCGACAAACGCGAAUCGCACAACGAUUAAGCGGCACCGGCCAGAAAACACACUAUACGCUUAUUUAUUAGGAUCAUCCAAGUGUCCCGUCGACGUAAACGCAUUAUUUAUUAACCUUUUUUGUGCUUUGGUUCGCGGAAUAACACGUGUGGCGAACAAGCGUCGAGAAAGAAGAAGAAGGAGGGGUGAUAUUUCACGAUUCGUCGCCGACCGAGAGAGUAAGAAAGAGAUACUUUCCCGGAAAGGCAAAGAAAAUGUGUAGUAGACUGAGUGUGAGAGACUGAUCGAACGAACGAACGAACACGCCUCUCUCGCAGUCGCGAUCGCGACUUGGCUCUGCACGCAUACAUACGCGUACACCACGCCAUAUCCGUGCGUAGUCGCCGUCGUUUCGCGAGUCGUCGCGAGGUGAGUGAUCAGACGUUUCUGCCUCGUCCGUUGUGAAAAAGUGUUGAGUGCCCCUGCGUUCUUCCCUCUCUCUCUCUCUCUCUCUCUCUCUCUCUCUCUCUCUCUCUCUCUCUCUCUCUCUCUCUCUCGCUUUUUCUCUCUCUCUCUCUCUCUUUCUUUCUUUCUCUCUCUCUACUUUUGUCUCUAUUUCGCCCGGAGAUCUGUCGAGAGAGCAAGGCAAACGCUUCAGAACGGUGUUCUAUCGAACGUGAGAAGAACCAAGGUUGAGAUCGUCGCCAAACUCUCGUGAUCUCAUCAUGGAUCUUCUGUGCUGCGAAACCACGGAAACCGAGUGCCGAGCGUACGCGGAUCCUGCCCUCCUCGGCGAUGAUCGUGUCCUGCAGAACCUCCUGCAGACAGAGGAGCGCUACGCACCGAGCUCAUCCUAUUUCGAGUGCGUGCAGAGGGACAUCUCGCCGCUCAUGCGCAAGAUAGUCGCCGAAUGGAUGUUGGAGGUAUGCGAGGAGCAGAAGUGCCAGGACGAAGUCUUUCCUCUGUCGAUGAAUUACGUCGACAGGUUCCUCUCGAUCUGCCCGAUCAGGAAGUCGCAGCUGCAGCUGCUCGGAACGGCUUGUCUGCUGCUAGCAUCGAAGCUGCGCGAGACGUCGCCGCUCACAGCUGAAGUCCUUGUUUUCUACACCGAUAAUUCCAUCACUCUUGACGAUCUUUGGAGGUGGGAGCAGCUGGUCGUCUCGAAGUUGAAAUGGGAAUUGUCUGCGGUAACACCCGGUGACUUUCUGAUGCACAUCCUCAGCAGAUUGCCGAUGCCACGCACUUGGGACACCGUGAAGGUCCGAAAGCACGCACAAACCUUUAUCGCUCUCAGCGCCAGAGGUGAGCAUCAAUACAGCGCGGUGUCGCGCCGCGUCGCGUCGCGUCGCGUCGCGUCGCAUCGCAACUCCCGUCAUCAUCAACGUCAUCAUCAUCAGCGCGAACAGUACCCCGGGCCGAUGGAGGACCGGAGGGCGAACGUAUAUGAGAGGGAAGAUCGCGUACCGAGGAUACGACAGGGGUAUGUUUCGAAACACAUCCAGCUGGCGCCUCUCGGCACUAUAGCGGGCGUUAUAAGCCCGCUACCAAAUCAAGCGUGUGUGACACACUAA